CGCAGCCGCAGAGCAUCGCUAAUAUAUCCUACGCUAAGAAGGGCAUCAUUAGCACUAACGAGACGGAUAGGGCCGUGUCAAUAUAGCGCCUCGGCUUCCUCCUAUAGCUCGAGGAUAAUCACCUUAGAUAGCAUUAGAAGUCUAUUAAAAAGCUCUCUCGAGUACUCCGGCAUAUCCACUACUAUCUCCGCGAUAGCAAGACUCCCAGCGCCUACGCAUAAGAGUGGGUUACCUACCUCUAGAUAG